AUGUCCAAGAGGCGGUUUUUUUUGCAAAGUGCCACAAUCUGCGCCUGGUCAUUCGGAAUACUGGGCACGACCCUGCAGGAAGAUCAGGCGCCCCAGAUUCAUUGCAAUUGCAUACACAUCCUAUUACUUAAUGGUUAUUCUUUUGGUCCAGCUGUCUCAGCUGCUGAUGAUACUUUAGCCAAGUGCAGAAACCUUCAUAAGACCAUUUCUCGGAGAGAAUCUUAUAAAUCACUAUCUGUGCAAAGCCGCUUGGAUUCUGCACAGAUACUUCAUACAAUGAAUCCAUACGCAUUACACGUCCUUCGUGAAAGGGGUGGGGAUUCCUGGCUUUCAUCAGGCUCAACGUUAAUGGUUGGCGGGCCUCAGGGUGCUCAACCACUUCAUCGUGAUGUGAGCCAUCACACACCUGCGGUAUUACUAGACCCAGAUUUUGAUGACGUUCAUAUCACCUUCAUCGUCGCGUUUAGCCCAUUUACUGAGGCUAACGGUGCCACGCGUGUCAUACCUGGCAGCCAUAAGCGGCCAUUUCACCAGCGUGGCCUACCCAGCAUGACUAUACCCGCAGUUAUGGACGCUGGUGAUUGCAUCCUCAUGAGCGGCAAGGCUGUCCAUGGUACAGGGGCCAACUUGACAACCACCGACCGACACGCAGUUCAGAUAUCUAUUUGUGCUGGGUACUUCACUUCAGCGGACGCCAACUCCUAUAUCGUUUCCGUAAAAAUAGCAAAGUUGCUAUCCAAGCGAGCACAACGCUUCCUCGGCUUUCGCUCUCAGUGGACCAGGGGAUCGCCAGGCUUGUGGGCAAAGGACUACCAAGAUUUGUCAGUGUACCUGGGCCUAGACAAUUUGGAAGGGCCCCUUGAGGAUUUAAAGGAAGUUGAGUUUGAUUAUGAGAGCUAG